AUGGAUGGAGAUCAAGGCAUCAAGCAGAAUGAGCGGUUAAUGGCACGGUCCAUCAAUGCAGCCAGCAGAGGCCGAGGCCGUGCAGCCGAUCGCUUCUCACAAGCCAUGCAUACACGUGGAGACCCAACGGGGAUUUCACAGGCGCCAGACCGCGCUACCAUGUCCUACGAUUAUGGAUACACAGGCAACACUUUCCCCGGCGGUUCAUUGCAGCCAAACGACAUACAGGCCUUUGGGGCCGACUAUUUGCGGCCGCGACAGGCGCCGCAUCCAUCACUGGGACAUUCCUCGCAAGCCUCAGUGCAAGCGCAUCUCGCGCAGCAACAUCAACAUCAAUCCAACCCAGAGGCAGCACAGCAACAAUCUCGACGGCGCGCAGCGGCCGAAACCACCCCAUUGGUUCCGUACGAGUCUGCUAUGCUGUACGGCUUCAGUCAGCAGGGUUCAGCUCAUGGACCCUUUGACGUUGUCCCACAAUACUCGACACGGCAGUCUGCAGCGAUUGAAGCCCUGUCGAACCAGAUGGCCAUUCCACAAUAUUUUCCAGAGGAACCCACGGGGACAGGGGUCCCCGGACUCUCGCCAUAUCUGAAUACGCUGCCAUAUAAUCAACCCGGUCCCAUGGCACAAGCUAGCAAUGCACCUCCUUUUCCGACUACGAUGGCUGAUUUCACGUCCAUUGGGACCGGAUCGUCUGUGGACCAGCCACAGCAUCAGGUUGAUCCGUCUCAGCAGUCUGGUACCGACCCUUCCAGUCUUGACCAAGCGUAUGCGCAGUACCAGCGUGCUUUGCGGAGCACUUUUGAUCAGACCCGUGCCGGACGAUUGGUAGAGGCGAGCGAAUCGCUGAUGGAAAUUUCCGAGUGGCUUGUCACUAACGCACGGGAUCUUGGAAUUCUGCGCGACGAGCAUCAGCUGUACCCGGACCGCUUACAGCUCUGGAAUGACUUCAAUCUCUGCUGGCUAGCCGUCUGCCAGAAACAAAAAGAUUUGACCCAGGAUGUCGUGGCGACAGGUCACCAAUCACCCCAGACCAGUCUACUGAGCCGGGAUCGAAUGGAGGCCAUGGGCAAGGACUUGAUUCAGCUUUGCGACGAGCUGGAACAGCACGGAUUGGUUGAUUAUCAGAUGGGAAUUUGGGAGGAGGAGAUUCUUUCCGUCCUGGGUCAAUGUUUGGAUUUGAUAGAGAGUAGACCCGAACUCCUUCACAUGCAGACCAUCCCCGAGCCUGCGACUGCAACACAACGACCAUGA